AUGCCCUCAUUGACGGAGAUGCCGUCCGAGCUGGUGGCUUCGAUACUACGAAACCUCGGGGACCUACGAUCCCUCGCCUCGGCUUUGCUCGCCUGCCGCCACAUUUACUCGUCCUUCAAACAAAGCCCAGAUAUCACAGCUGUUGUCCUUCGUCGGUAUGUGAUGCCUGCGCUUCUACCGUACGCGGUCGUCGCAUUGGAAGCGUCUCUUCUCCCCCUCGACCACGACCGUAGCUCGGUCCGGAACCUGCUGAGCAAGCUAUACAACGAGCCCUCGAAACUCGAAGACCGCAUUUCUUCAAUGCCAUUCAAUCUUCUAUUCAAGAUGGAACGGAGACACGAUCUGGUGCAAGCUUUUGCAGCCGAAUUCGCCACCGGUGCGUGGGCUCUGCUCCGCGAGGGUGACGAUAGCAUGCCCCUAGCCGUUGCUUUGUCACCUUCUGAGCACCUACGCUUCUGUCGUGCCUUUUACCGCACAGAUAUCUUCUACAGCCUAUUCAGGGCUGAAAGCAUUAGCCCAAGUGGCGCGUUCGAGGAUGACAUGUAUCCUUAUUUCUUCGCGAAACAUACGCCAUGGGAGAAUGAGCAGAUUGGCUGUGUACAGGACUUUUUGGAAACCCGAGUUGAGAAAGCAUCAAUGGACGUUGUGGCGCAUGACGUGUAUUUCGGCGAGCUUACGAUCAGCUAUCUUGAUGCUGGUAUGGAUAAUGAUUACAGGCAGAGCUGGCUUUCCGGGGGCCUAGAGUUCAUCCAUAAAUUGAUUUCCGAAGCCUCCUACGAUGUCAAGAGAGAGAUGCUGGACCCCAACGUGGCAAGGGGUAGUUCGAAUCUCCCUUAUGCCUUGGAAAACGUGCUUCAAGAUGCAGAACGCCCCCGGUGCUCUCUAUGCACCGAAAAGGGUCUCGAGUGUGUUUACGAAGGCGACCCCGAGGAGACCCGGGGCAAAGCGUUGAAGCGGAAGUUUUCUGAAGUACAGGUUGGCUUUGGUGCCCUUCAGGAGCUCUAUUCCGCCCUUCAAUCUAUGCCCGAGGAACAGGCUAUGGGCGUGUUCCAGAGAAUCAGACAAGGAAAGUCUCCGGAAGAAUUGAUGAGCCAAAUACGCGACGGCAACCUCCUUCUCCAGCUAUCACUGAGUCCUGAGACCAGACUACAGCGAUACACGUUCCCGUUCCUUUCCAGCAUGCCAAGCUUUCUCAUGACACCCGAGAACCUGAUCGUUGAUUCAAAGCUGUACACUGCCACCAUUAGCAACAGCAUCUCAGGAGGCUCCUGCGACUCUGAGACUAGAGGAGGAACGCUUGAGGUUCAGGACAUCUACCUGAAGCCAUUUAAUGCGGCUGAAAUCGUUGACCCGCGCCUUUCGAAGAUUAACGCAAGCUAUUGGACCAGCAUUGUGCCAGACGAUAAGCUUGUCCGAAAACUACUCAACGCCUUCUUUCUCCACGGCUAUUCAGUACAUACGAUGUUUCAAAAGGACUACUUUCUCGAUGAUAUGGUCGCAAUGAAACAUGAGAUGUGCUCAUCCCUAUUGGUGAAUUCUGUUCUUGCGUUAGGCGCAACAAGCUGCCUUGAUCUUGAGGAACGAUCCCGUUUUUGGAUGCCAGAAAACCUAGCAUAUCGCUUUACGGCGGAAGCCAAACACCUCUGGGAGCUCGAAUCCUACUCUUCAACACCUCGCUUGACUACCAUUCAGGCUUCAGUGUUGCUGAACUCGCUGUACAAUGCGUAUGGACUAGACAAAGUUGGGAUCAAGUACACGAUAGAAGGAAUUCGUAUGGCGCAUGAUAUGAAUCUCUUCGCUCCAUCUGCCAAUAUAACGGAUCGAAAAGCACAGGAUGCAAAGACUUUCACAGCAUGGGCUCUUUUUGGGUGGCAAGCGCCACUGAUGGAGAAGCCCCCAGACUAUCCCCUUCCAGACCCAGAGCUUCAGCCUGCAUGCUGGUUGAGAUCCACGGCGCAAUUCUCUGCCAUGCUGAACGAAAUGGUUAUCAGCAGGACUUCGGGUGUAGAGGAAGGGCAGUUAAGGCCGUUCACGAUGGAAGAAACAUUCGUUUUCAAACAGAAAUUAGACGAUUGGUUCUCUUCACUCCCUGAGUGUGUCUCAACCAACAACAUCGCUCUACCCAAUCACAUCAAACUACACAUGGAAUACUACACCACCGUGUCCCAGUUGUUCAAGAACUUGUUGGUAACCCAACCUGCUCUCUCAAGUACCCGCGAGACUCUCCAGCGCUUGAUCGACAAUUUCGAUAUUCGGUUCGAGACGUUAUUACGGCUUUACUACCUGCGGCACAGUUUUGAUGGGGCAGACCAUUGGGGCAUAUACUUUUUGACUCUUCUUGGCAACACAACUUGUGAGAGAAUAAAGCAAGAGGCCGCGCUCGAAGGAACUGACCCGGCGAGGUUCAACGCUCUCCGCUCAACGCUUAUUCUCUGCGCCAAAGGACUUCACGACCAGGGUCGCAGUUGUCAUAUAGCUUCCGUCGUGUGUCGUGUACUAAGGGACCGCAUGCGCAAGGAAGAUGUGGACCUCCUUGGAACCCAUGCGAACAUGAAGGACUUGGAUGCCUCCGACCAAGCAGUUUUGGCACAGAAGCUGUUGUCAGCCUGGCCUCUCCCAGCCAUCGAAAUCAAGAAGGACAUCCGGGAGGCGUCUUUGGAACACCUCCUGAAUAAGUACGAGGAUCUCACUAUUGACGGAGAAAAUACUGCACGUUGA